CCGAGAAGAAGCAGAGAGAGGGAGAGAGAGAGAGAGAGAGAGAGAGAGAGAUGAAGGUGAAAGGGAAGAGAUUUGAAGGGAAGGUAGCGAUCGUAACAGCAUCUACGCAAGGUAUCGGUUUCGGCAUUGCCGAGCGUAUCGGAUCGGAAGGCGCUUCCGUUGUUAUCUCCUCUCGCAAGCAGAAGAACGUCGAUGAGGCUGUUGGCAAGCUCAGUUCUCAAGGGAUCGACACCAUUGGGGUCGUCUGCCACGUGUCAAACGCGGAGCAGAGGAAGAAUCUCAUCGAAAAGACCUUACAGAAAUAUGGGCAUAUAGAUGUAAUUGUGUGCAAUGCGGCUGUGAAUCCAACUACAGAUGCCAUCUUGAAAAUGAAAGAAUCCGUCUUAGAUAAACUAUGGGAAGUCAACGUCAAGACCUCUAUCCUACUCUUGCAGGCUGCUGCCCCGCACUUGCGGGAGGGAUCAUCAGUUGUUUUUAUUUCCUCGAUAGCAGCAUACCAACCACCAGCAUCGAUGGCCAUGUAUGGAGUCACCAAAACAGCUCUUCUCGGGCUUACCAAGGCUCUUGCAACUGAGAUGAGCCCAAAAACCCGAGUAAAUUGUGUUGCUCCUGGAUUCGUUCCCACCCACUUUGCUAAUUUCCUCUCAAGAAAUGAAGUUGUUAGGAAUGCAAUCGAGGAGAGAACUUUACUCAAGAGGCUGGGGACUGCAGGGGAUAUGGCAGCAGCUGUUGCCUUUCUGGCAUCUGAUGAUGCUGCUUACAUAACAGGAGAAACUCUGGUGGUGGCAGGAGGGAUUGCUUCAAGACUCUAAAAUGUUUCUUUGUUUCCUAUUUUAGUUGGAAGGUCACGAAGAUUGUAAAUAAUGACCAUCCACUAUCUUCAUUGUAUAUGUAUGUGUGUUACCAUUUUCAUAUAUAUAUAUAUAUAUAUAAAAGUCAAACUCAACAAACUGGAAAAUGCGGCACCCUUAUGGUGUGUAAAAUAUAUUUUAGUAAUUUUAAUAAUUUUCCUUCCAAUCA